CCAUAGUCCAUUCCAUUCCACCAAAACAUGUAUCCGGUAUCCCAAAACCCACAUUAACAGUGACGUUGGGUUUGGAAAUGCAGUCCGCCUCUACAGUCCUUCGCCCUGAUUCCCAUUGCCCCAACCCAUCCAUUCUCAUUGAUUUCAGACGCAGUCCUAAAUUAAAACCCUUGUCCCUUCCCCAGCGCGGGAAACCGUACAGAAAGCUCUGCUCCCUCACCAACAACCGCAGCACCCAACAGUCGAGCCUGUCUCAAAGCAACAGGGUCGGCAGCAGAUCGUCUCCCCAUCGACCUCAACUCCUCCUCAAUGUUGGACGAAUUCUACUCUUCCGUUGGACUUACCGCGUUCGUUUGCCAAAACCCGGCAGAGGGGGAGCAAAUAUUGACGAGUUCGAGCUUGGGGUGCACACAGAACUUUUCACACACAUGUGGUGGCCUGAAUUGAGAUCGUCAUUUGGGAAGCGAAUUAACUUUGAAGGGAUUGUUUCCGCGGCGAGGGUUCUCCUCAGAGAUCAGCAUUUAGCCCUGCCUCACAUGGCGGCGCCCGAUAUUAGGUACAUUGAUUGGGUUGGACUCCGUAAGCAUGGUUUCAAAGAUGUGGUUUUCGACAAGGAUAACAUGAUUACCCUGCCUUACUCUUUGGCUCUUUGGGCACCUCUUGGGUCAUCCAUGGAGGAGUGUAAAUCCGUUUUCAGGAAGGACAUUGCUGUGUUUAGCAACUCUGCUGGGCACUUGAAAGGGACAUUGGAAUCAAAGUCGUUAGGCAUAGAGUAAAGAAACCAGCGGGAACUGCUGAAGAAAUCAAAAAGCAUUUCGGUUGUACAUCCUCACAAUUUAUCACGGUACUAACCAGCAGCUAUCCGCAUCAUUAUGUGCUUUCUUUAUGGAUUACCUGGGAACCUCAAGUAUAGAUGGACUUUUCAUGUUUUUGUUCAUAGGUGGGAGAUAGACCCUUCACAUAUAUUGUUUACGGGAAUCAUAACGACUAUCUUACAGUAUUAACAAAGCCACUAAGUACGGUAGAGGAGCCUUUCAUCGUCAGGCAGGUUAGUUGUUCUUCUGUUGACUCUUUUGUGUUUUAUGUUUGGGAACUCAUCAAAUAGAAGAAUGAGAACUAGGCUGUGAAUUAAACCCAAGUUUGUUAUCAUGAUAUGGUUGCAAGGUGUCUCUAAUUGUUAUGUUUACACAUAAAACGAAAAGAUUUAUUUCACUUUGUUCCUUCAAGGUAACUUGGAGAAUCAAUCGGCCACUAGGAUGUUUCAAUUCUCAAAAGCAUGCAUUUGCAUUUAGGUUUCCUUCUCUAUUCAACAGACUUGCUUUUUGGCUAUACCUUGGGCAUAAACUACUUUUUAUUGUUCACUGUGACUCUCAAGUGUCACUUAGCUUUCGCUCAGAAGAAGAACUGUUAUUCACAUGCCUGCAUUUGAGUUGAAUUUUCCAACAUAGAUGACAAGGACAAGUUUCUCAAAGUUGGAAAAUAAUUUGUUUGUUAGUUGGACUGGAUUUUAUAUGUUAGAAAAGACAUAUUGACAUUAGUUCAAAUGCAGUUCGUAUACAAGUGUUUUGCAUAUGGAAGAACUUCUACACAUGUAUAGUUGGAAGAGGUAUUUCAUGCAUACUGUCCAAUUACUCGAACUCAAUGUAUGCUUACAAAGAAAUGCUUUUGCAGGUGAGAAAACUAGAAAUGGCCAUUUUGAACUACUGGCUUAGAAGAGGCCUUGAGCCAACCGGUCAUCAUUUGUUGCCAGAUCCGAUGGAAUGUGUGAAAGACGAUCCAUUGGUUUCCAAAGUAAACAUCUCCAUAGCGUACAACAGUUUUUACAUUGACCCGUGUCUUAGCAAGUUUUAUUGUUGAUUUCAAUAUUUAAUUUAUUCUUUUUCCUUAACGUUAUCUCCAUAACUUUUCAUCGACAUCAAGAAUGGAAAAGGGAACAAGGAGAAGAAUAAAUCGGGUUAGGCUAUUAUAUAAAAUCCGAUAGAAAAAUGUAAUGAUUGUUUUUUGGAGCUGAAAAAUGUAAUGAUUGUAAUUUGGGAAGGAGAUAUCUAAUUGUUCAUAUCAUAAAAGGGAUGAGGAGGGAAAUAAUGAAUUUAUGGGAGAUCUAAUCGGAUUGUUUCGAAUAGCUAAUCGAAUAUUUAGAGGUUGCUGCAGAAUUACUAGUGUACUGUUAGAGCACUUUCAUAUGAAAAUCCAGAAGGAUCAUAUUUUAUAUGUUUUAUGUUGGAUAUGAAAAUUAUUUGAGUAGAAAUAUCAGAAUUUUUUUUCCUCUGCAAGAUAAUAUUCAUUUUCAAAGAUUUUUUGAACAAAAGAAUUUCACUUCAUAUUAUCACUAUUAUAUCUCUAUAUCAUCAUGAAUAGUGAUAUAAUGAUGUUAUAAUGUUAUCAUAGUGGUAAGAUCAUAAUAUGGCUAGUGAGAUGAUAUUGAUAAUAUCACCAUAUCAUAGUGGUAUGUUAUUGCUACUAUGUUGUAUAUUGGAUAAUAAUUUAAUGACAUCAUACCACCACUGUAAUAUCAUGAUAUUAUCAUGAUACCAUAGUGAUAAUGCAAUGAUAUCAUAGUGGUAUAUUGUGCAGUCAUUCUUGCUAAUGCUAUAGUGGUAAGAUCAUGAUUCGACAAUGAUAAGAUUACAACAAAUACGUAUUUUGAAGGAAAAACCGUUUUUAAGUGAAAGGAAAUGAUGUGACCACGCCCAUCCCACCCCACAUCAUGAUGUUAUUCAAGGUAUAAUAUUUUCUUUCACAUGGACCAUGGCCUAAGAAAUGAAUUAAAAGGUU